AUGGCCGGCGAUCCCUUCCGAGUCAUCAUCAUCGGCGGCGGCCCCAGUGGCAUCACGGCCGCGUACGCCCUCUACCACGCCGGCAUCGACUUUGUCGUGCUCGAGCGGCGCACCAACGUGGCCGAAGACCUCGGCGCCAGUCUGGUCCUGGGGCCCCCGAGCCUCCGCGUCUUCUACCAGUUCGGCAUCCUCGACAAGCUCGCCGAGAUCGGCGGCAACCUGUACGAGAACCGAGCCUUUACCAGGGACGGACAGGUUUUCAAGUCUACCAGGGUCUUCGACGUGAUGGUGGAAAACCAUGGAUCAGGCCCUCUCGCAUUCCACAGAGCCCACCUCAUCCAGGCCCUGUACGACAACCUCCCCGAGGCGGCCAAAGCGCGCUACUUCACGGGGAAGAAGCUCGCGGGCAUCGAGGCCACCGAGACGGGCGUCGUCGUGACGUGCGAGGACGGAUCGUCGUACACGGGCUCCGUCGUCCUCGGCGCCGACGGCGUGCACUCGGCCACGCGCCGCGAGAUGCGCCGCCUCGCCCUCGCCGAGGACCCGUCCCGCGAGGCGACCUGGGACGCCGUGACGCCCUACAAGACGAGCUACCAGUGCAUGUGGGCCUCGUUCCCGCGCCCGACGGCCCCCGGCCUGAGCAACGAGACCCAGGGGACCGACAGCUCCGUCAUGUACAUCAGCGGCACCGAGCGCGCCUGGAUCUUUCUCUACGAGAAGCUGCCGGCGACGACGACGGAGCGUAUCACCUUCACCGAGGAUGACAUUGAGGCCUACGCGGGGCGGUUCGCCGACUGGCCCGUCACGGAGACGCUCAAGGUCCGCGACGUCUUCCCGGAGCGGCUCAGCGCCGGCGCCGCGGCCCUCGAGGAGGGCAUCUGCAACAACUGGAGCUGGGGCGGCCGCGUCGUCCUCGUCGGCGACGCCGCGCACAAGUUCACCCCCAACGCGGGCCUCGGCUUUAACAACGGCGUGCAGGACGUCGUCGCGCUGUGCAACCGGCUGCGGAGGUUCGUCGGUGGUGGUGGUAGCGGCGGCGAGGGGGCUGCCGACGACGGGACGACAACUACGACAACUACGACGACGACGACAACGACAACGACGGCAAAGACAACAUCGACGACGGACUACGCGGCACUCGAGGGUCUGUUCGAGGAGUAUCGCAAGGAGAGACGGGAGUCGCUGGACGCGGACCUCGACGAGUCGGUGCGCGUCACGAGGAUGCACGCGUGGGCGUCGACGUGGGACUGGAUCAUGUCGCGGUACAUCCUGUCGUGGGGGUUCAUCCAGCGGCUCUUCGUCACCUUCUUCGUCACGCCCAAGAUUCAGAAGGCGGGCGUCAUCGACUUCAUCUCCAAGCCGGAGCCGUUCGAGGGCACCUACAAGUGGCUGCAUCCGCUGCUCAAGAGCGUCCCCAAGGAACGGACUGCGUGA